AUGGUAGUGAGUGGAAUUAGUACAUCAGAACCAUACUUAUAUUUCUACAACACAGACAGAAUGAAAUUAUACAAAAAAGUUCCAAUUGAAAAUAUGAGUUAUAUUUGUUGGGAUCCAAUGGGAUUAUUCCUUGGUGCAGUACGUUCAUAUCUUUAUUCUCCACAUGCAAAGAAUGGAUUUAUGUUAUAUGACUGUUUUGGAAAUUUACAAUUUGAAACAUAUAAAACUAAUUUUGCUGGAUUAUUAUGGAGACCACAACCAACAAAUAUUAUUAAACCAGAAAUGGCUAAAGAAGUUGAAAGUAAAUUCAAUGAAUGUUUAAAAACAAUGAAAGAAGAAGAUGAACGAAAGAAAGAACAAAUUGAAUUAGAAAAGAAACAAAGAGCUGAUGAAUUAAUGAAAAGAUUUAGAAGUGUUGUUCAAAAGAAUGCUCAAUUAUCUGCUAAAGAACAUUUAAGAGCUUAUGAUUCUGGAAUGAAAAUUAUUGUUGAAGAAAUUAAACAAAAGAAAGAGUCUAAUGAAGAAGUAAAAGAAAAUAUAACAGAAACUCAGUAA